UGUGUUCAAUUGCAGUGAACCCUUGCGGUGAGGUACUUCGAACAGCGAGCAACCAGCAGCCCAGCAUCACCAGCCCAGCCAAGAUGAGUAGCUCCGGCGGAAGUCCCUCCAAGAAGGGCACGAGCGUGGACAUGCAAAUAUUUGCCUCGAAUGGAAACACGAUCGUGGAUGAAAGCUAUGACCCCCAUCUGCACCGAAACCGACCGCACCCGACGACUAACUUCGAAACGUUGGUCCAUCUGCUGAAGGGAUCGCUCGGAACGGGCAUUCUUGCGAUGCCGCAAGCAUUCUACAAUGCGGGCUACAUCUCCGGUGUCGUUAACACGGUUCUGAUCGGCAUCCUCUGUACUUACUGCUUGCACGUGCUCGUCCAGGCGCAGUACGCCCUGUGCAAGCGUCACCGGGUACCCAUCCUCACCUACCCGAUCUCGAUGAAGAUUGCGCUAGAGGAGGGUCCGGAAUGUUUGCGACGAUUCGCACCAUACGCUGUUGUUAUCGUUGAUGGGUUCAUGAUCUUCUAUCAGCUGGGUAUCUGCUGCGUUUACAUAGUGUUCGUUGCGACCAACAUCAAACAGUUGGUCGACUACUAUUGGCUGGAGCUUGAUGUGAAAAUCCAUUGCUUGAUACUACUCGUACCGCUGAUCGGAAUCAAUAUGAUUCGCAAUCUGAAGGUGCUGGCACCGUUCUCAACGCUGGCCAACUUGAUCACAUUUGUCGGCAUUGGAUUGAUAUUGGCCUACAUUCUCGACGAUGUUCCACCGAUCUCCGAACGCCAGCCAAUCGCUGAAUUGGGCAAAUUUCCACUUUUCUUCGGUACCACUCUGUUCGCACUAGAAGCAGUUGGAGUGAUUAUAGCACUGGAAAACAAUAUGGCUACUCCCAAAUCGUUUGGUGGUGCCUGUGGCGUACUUAACGUGGGCAUGACGGUGAUUGUGUUCCUUUACGCCGGUAUGGGAUUCUUGGGGUAUCUCAAGUACGGUGCCGAAUCCGCCGGCAGUAUCACGCUCAACUUGCCGCAGGAAGAAAUUAUGUCUCAAUCGAUAAGAGUUCUGUUCGCGGUGGCCAUCUUCAUCUCGUACGGUUUGCAAUGCUAUGUGCCGGUCGACAUUAUCUGGAACGUUUAUCUGGUGGAGAAGUACCGUGACUCAAACAAUAAGCUAGUGUACGAGAUGUUAGUACGUAUUGUUGUCGUCAUCACCACUUUCCUGCUGGCCGUUGCCAUUCCUCGUCUGGGUCUGUUUAUUUCGCUGUUCGGUGCAUUCUGUCUCUCUGCUCUGGGCAUUGCUUUCCCGGCCAUUAUGGAGAUCUGCGUGCUGUGGCCGGACAAGCUGGGUCCGGGAAAGAUUACACUCUGGAAGGACAUCGUGUUGAUCGUCUUCGGUGUUAUCGGUCUGGUAGCUGGCACGUACACGAGCGUGCGGGACAUUAUUAUAAGCUUCAUGUAAUUUGUGCCG